AUGAGCCCUGGCCAGGCUGCAGGCGUGGGCCUCGCAGAUCGCAGGCGGCCCGGCCUUAGCUCGGCUCAGCCAUGAGCAGCAGAAAGAGCUUUUCCCGGCUCACCUGGUUCCGGAAGCAGAGGAAAGCUGUAGUCAGCGCUAACGACAAGAAGAUGCCCAACGGGAUCUUGGAAGAGCAAGAGCAGCAAAGAGUGAUGCUGCUCAGCAGGUCCCCCUCGGGGCCCAAGAAGUACUUUCCCAUCCCCGUGGAGCACCUGGAGGAGGAGCUGCGCGUCAGGUCGGCUGAUGACUGCAAGCAGUUCCGCGAGGAGUUCAACUCGCUGCCAUCUGGACACAUACAAGGAACUUUUGAACUGGCAAAUAAAGAAGAAAACAGAGAAAAAAACAGAUAUCCCAACAUCCUUCCCAAUGAUCAUUCUAGGGUGAUUUUGAGCCAAGUGGACGGAAUUCCCUGCUCGGACUACAUUAACGCUUCCUACAUAGAUGGUUACAAAGAGAAGAAUAAAUUUAUAGCAGCUCAAGGCCCUAAACAGGAGACCGUUAAUGACUUCUGGAGAAUGAUCUGGGAACAAAAGUCUGCGACGGUCGUCAUGUUAACCAACCUGAAAGAGAGGAAAGAGGAGAAGUGCUAUCAGUACUGGCCCGACCAGGGCUGCUGGACCUACGGGAACAUCCGGGUGUGCGUGGAAGACUGCGUGGUUUUGGUCGACUAUACCAUCCGCAAGUUUUGCAUACAGGCGCAGCUGCCCGAUGGCUGCAAGUCCCCGAGGCUGGUGUCGCAGCUGCACUUCACCAGCUGGCCUGACUUUGGGGUGCCCUUCACCCCCAUCGGGAUGCUGAAGUUCCUGAAGAAAGUGAAGACGCUCAACCCCACACAUGCCGGGCCCAUCGUGGUCCACUGUAGCGCGGGCGUGGGCCGCACAGGCACCUUCAUCGUGAUCGACGCCAUGAUGGACAUGAUGCAGGCGGAGCAGAAGGUCGACGUCUUUGACUUUGUGUCGCGGAUCCGCAACCAGCGCCCUCAGAUGGUCCAGACGGAUAUGCAGUACACGUUCAUCUACCAAGCCUUACUCGAGUACUACCUCUACGGGGACACGGAGCUGGACGUGUCCUCCCUGGAGAAGCACCUGCAGAGCCUGCAUGGCGCCGCCACCCACUUCAACAAGAUUGGGCUGGAGGAGGAGUUCAGGAAAUUGACAAACGUCCGGAUUAUGAAGGAGAACAUGAGGACAGGCAACUUGCCAGCAAACAUGAAGAAGGCGAGGGUCAUCCAGAUCAUCCCAUAUGACUUCAAUCGAGUGAUCCUGUCCAUGAAAAGGGGUCAGGAAUACACAGACUACAUCAACGCCUCCUUCAUUGACGGCUACCGGCAGAAGGACUACUUCAUCGCCACCCAGGGCCCACUGGCGCACACGGUCGAGGACUUCUGGAGGAUGGUCUGGGAGUGGAAGUGUCACACGAUCGUGAUGCUGACUGAGGUGCAGGAGAGAGAGCAGGAUAAAUGCUACCAGUACUGGCCAACAGAGGGCUCAAUUACUCAUGGAGAUAUAAAGAUUGAAAUAAGGAGCGAUACCCUUUCCGAAGCCAUCAGUAUACGAGACUUCCUGGUCACUUUCAAUCAGCCCCUGGCCCGCCAGGAGGAGCAGGUCCGCAUGGUGCGCCAGUUCCACUUCCACGGCUGGCCCGAGAUUGGGAUUCCCGCCGAGGGCAAAGGCAUGAUCGACCUCAUUGCAGCCGUGCAGAAGCAGCAGCAGCAGACGGGAAACCACCCGAUCACUGUGCACUGCAGUGCUGGAGCUGGGCGGACAGGUACAUUCAUAGCCCUCAGCAACAUUCUGGAACGAGUUAAAGCCGAGGGACUUUUAGACGUAUUUCAAGCUGUGAAGAGUUUACGACUUCAGAGACCGCAUAUGGUGCAAACCCUGGAACAGUAUGAAUUCUGCUACAAAGUGGUACAAGAUUUUAUUGAUAUAUUUUCUGAUUAUGCUAAUUUCAAGUGAAGAUUCCUGCCUUAAAAUAUUUUUUAAUUUAAUGGUCAGUAUAUUUUAUAAAAAUCAUGUUAAUUUAUUUCAUAGUUGACAUUAAUAUCCUUCCUAAUUUUUUUGUAUAUAUUUUGUUAUGCUUUAAAGGCCACCUGCUAUAGAGUUAUAAAGUCUUAAAUACCCUUUUUAAAAAUUGGAGUAAUGUAUUAAGGUCAAAUAAUAUGCCAUAAAAUAUAUAUUUCUGCUAAUAUUAGUAAAUAUCUUAAUUUUU